UAACUACAAUAACAUUGUCUGGCCAAAAGCCAAACAAACUUCACAGUCGCAGCGUUCGAAAACUAUUUGUGUGUUUGAUGGGAAACAAUAUAUACACAAGGUGACAGUGAGACGUGCAGGUUUUCGAAUCGAUCAAAAUUCGCGACAAUGAACAGAAUCCUGAGCGUCGAGACGAGCAGGAAUGGCGUCCUGGCGUCGGAAUUCGUCACCAAGAGGUUGUGCUGCAGCUUCAUCUUGACUGUGGCCUUUUUGGCACUCGUGGGUGGAUAUUUGUUGGGACAAUUCACAACGGACAGGACAGCGUUCAAGGUGAGGGCCAGUUAUCAGGACAUCAACAAAAAAAUCGUGUCCCUGAGUGUUUUGCUGAAGAGUGCUUUCCAUCAAAAUUGCAGUUUUACAACAAUCGUCAACGAAACUGUGCUCGCGUCACAAAAUACAUUUUUAGAUGAGGCCAUUAGGUGUUUGCAAAAUGGAUAAUCUCGAGAUGUUGUUUACGUCCAAUUUAAAAUGUUUUUUUAGAAAAUAAUAAAUAAAUGCUUUUUUGAAAUA